AUGCGUGGCGUUGCUCACAAGGCGUCGCCUCUGACCAUGGCAGCGCGUCGACGUUUAGCUGCCUGCCGUCGUUGGUGUCUUCUCCUCCUUGCCAUGGGUUGCGGGGCUUCGAAGGCGGAUGUAGGGAGGCGGCAUGCGCACCAUCCUGAAGCGGACACGCUUCCUGCAGAAGCUCAGAGGUUCGAUCCCACAACGCAGUGCUCCUACACCGAGGACGAGCUCCUUGCUUGCCACAAGGCAGGGUACACGGUACAGGGGAAGCUGGAGAGACGAGACAGCUUUUCGGAGGUGUAUGAGGGGUUUCAUGACACGACUGGCCGUGUGGUCGCUCUGCGCUGCGUUCCCUGCGUUCAGUACGACAAGAGCAAGAUCAUGAAUGACCUGCGCGAGCUUCUGGUCCUCAGGCAUCCAACUAUGCCUCUGAUCUGGGAUGUUUGGGAUACGGAGGAUUCAGUGUUCUACGCGCAGGACGUAGCCGGUGCCGAAAUCCUCGAAGUUGUUUCUCAGUGGGAGGAGUUCACGGAGAAAGACUCAGCCAUCCUCGUUCAGCAGAUCCUGGAGGGGAUCAACUACCUACACGUGCAUGGGAUAGUACAUCAGGACUUGCGGCCUCGGAACAUUCGAUGCGACGGGAAGAAAGUUUUCAUCACGGAGACUGGAAUGCAAACCAUCAAGGAUGGCCGCCUAUCCUAUCGCUACCUGGUUAAGACGAAGAUUCCCCCGAUACACGUUCCUCCUGAAGUAGUCCUUGCCCUUGGUAUGCCUCGAUGGGAUUGUGACGCGAUUGCGCAGGUAGCAAAAGACGUCCUGGUGGAUCGCAGCCAAGACUCCAAAUCCUUCACGAGCAAGGGUGACAUAUGGAGUGUGGGAGUUAUUCUCUAUACUCUGCUGUGUGGAAAUCCACCGAUGUGGUCAGAAAACUCUGUCGUGCUCCUACAGAGGAUCUCGAAGGCUGAGUACGAUCUCACCAACAACCUCUGGAGCAAGAUCUCAUCCAAGUCCAAGACGUUUCUGCAGCAGAUGUUAACGGAGGACCCGGAGAAGAGGCCUUCAGCUGUUGAUUGCAUCUCUCACAACUGGAUUCAGUGCCGCGAUGACCUACCCACCGUUCCGCUCCACAUCAGCCUGACCCUCACUGACUUCAUUGCUCAGCAGAAGGGACGUCGGGCCAUGGCGAAGAUUGCUGCUGUAAACAAGCUUUUCUCAGCCAACAAGGUGCCGGUUAACGCAACCAAGAUAGAAGGUGAAGUGUGUGUGGUUGCUACAUGUCAUGCCGUAAAAACGUCCGCAGAAGUCGACGACGACGUUCAAGAGUUUGUGAACGGGGACGACGUUGCUGCUCAAUGA